UUCCCUUUUGUUAGUUCAACAUUACGCUUCGUCAAACUUAAACGUUUUAUGUUAUUUCUAACAUAAAUAUUUAUAUGCAGUUGAAAUACAACAAAAAACCUUGUGAACAUAACUUUAUAAAACAAUGUCAAAAGUGGUAUAUUUUGUUUUAUUGAUAUUUGCAGUGUUAGGUAUAGUAUUUGGAAGAAUUGUGGACAAGAGAAAAUGUCCGGAAGUGAGAGCUGUACCGCACUUUGACCUGUCACAGUUGCUUGGAGAUUGGUACGUUGUGGAGUAUUAUGCGAGUGAAGAGGAAGCUCUGUCUUAUAGCUGUAUGAGAGCUGUCUUUACAGAAGAUGACCACGUCCAAGCAGAAGAUGGCACAGUGGAAUGGACGCCUGGUGUCACUAUGAACUUCACUUACCGCUUCGCCGACGAUCCCUUGGGCGAGAAUUUACUUGGCAACAUCACUUGGCGAGUGGACUUGAAUGAACCGGCACACUGGACGCAUUCUGAGAUUACUUAUGAUGGUAUAUAUAAUACAUACGUAUUAGACACUGAGUACAAAACUUGGGCACUUUUAUUACACUGUGCUGAACAAAGGGAGGGUACGAGAUUUCUCAGUGCGUUCGUGUUAUCAAGGAAGACAAGCUUAGCCAAGAAUGUGUUGGCUUAUUUAAGAGACAAGUUGCCAAGGUAUGAUGUUGACAUCAAUUAUGUAUUUCCUAUACCACAUAAGGACUGUUCCUCGAAGCCAGCAAUAGCCGACUUCUCUCCAAUACUUGUGGAGGUGAACAGCAAGAUCCCUAGGAAACCUGGAAUCAGCUACAAAGUAGCAUUCGGACAUUAGACUUCUCAAGUUAACAUAGAAAAUUAAUUAAUUAUUCCUUUAAAAUCAUAUUAAUUUUAUAAUGUGUAUA